AUGGCUAAUCAAAUUACAAACCCAUUAAAUAAAUUUAUAUUAUCAAUACGUCAAAGAAUGAGUGGAUCUAAUAGUGAUACGGCUCAUCUAAUAGUAUCAGAAGAUCAACAAUCAACAUCAUCUAUAAAUAAUAAAAAAGAAGAGAGAACAAAUAAUUCUACGACAGAAAAUAAUCCAAUGGCUUCGGAUUACACAGAGUUAAUGAAUGGUUCUGUACCAUGUCCAAGUUGUAAUGGUUCUGGAAGGAUACCAAAAGAAAUGGAAGAAACAUUAGUUGCUUUGAUACCUGUUAAUGAUGAUAGAUUGAAACCAAAAAGAACUUGUAUUUGGGUAUCUAUUGGUAUUGGGAUAUGUAUACUUCUUGCCUCAGCUACAAUAUUUAUGUUAGUUCCAAGAUCUAUAGCAUUAACAAGUCUUAGGCAUCCUAUUGAAAAUGUUAAUGUUUAUUCAAAAAAAGAUGAUCAAAUAGAUUUCCAUUUUUUGAAUUCGAUUAAUAUUACUAAUGAAAAUUAUUUUGCUGUUAAAGUUUCAAAUGUAACAUCAAAUAUAAUUAAUAAAUUUCAACCAUGGUCUAAUGAUAUCAUUGGAAAAGGUUUAAAUUCAACCUCUAGAACAAUAAUGCCUCUUUCUUAUGUUGGAAAUACAUUAUGGUUUAAUAAUUCUGUUUCAUUAAAGGGGUAUGUAGCACAGUAUUGUCAAUCAAAUAUUGCUCAAUUGACACCCCUUUAUGUUACAAUGCAAUUUGAUAUUUCUGUUAUUGUGGAAUAUCUCCAACACCUGGAAACUGUGUCUUUAUCUACAACACAAUCUGUUUGUUGCGUUCCAUCUGGUAACUGUACUCUUCAAGGAUAA